GGAAAUCAUAAAGAUAGUUUAUUAUGGACAUCCCAAAGCUAUCUUUAUUACAUUAGUAAAAUAUGAGAGAAGGGUGACCCAUCAUUAAUCAAGCACCAAGCUUAUAGGACCACAUACCGAUCUAUGCUGCAUGCUUGCAUCUCUCAAAAAUCUACUUCUGUGGAAAUUGCUUCUCAAAAGCCAUCCUCUCUCUUUUGUCUUUACCCCUUCCCUCAAAUUCAAACUAUUUUAUAUCAGUUUCGACCGUAUCUCCUACCUUUUAAGCUUGUCGGGGCUUUAACGCUGCCAGAAACUCCCAAGUCAUUCAAACUUUCCUUAAUAUAGUUUCUUCCUUUCUCCCUCCACAAGUUCCUCAAGCAUCAAAUUUCUGUCUUUUUUGUUUUUCUCUCUUGGUAGUCAACUCUGCCUCCACUCUCCAGCCAUUUUGGAGCUAUGGAUGGCGAAAGCAAGAGUACAGAUCUUCCUGAUCUUCGAGAUGCCUCAUUUGCUUAUCUUACUGCAGUACAGCAGAACUAUGUACUUAAGCUAACAGAGACAGCUGAGUUUCCUACUCCUGACAUAAUCUCAACUCAAGAGACUUCCAUUCAGAAAAACUCGGAGAAAACUAAGCCUGGAGAAGGUGAAAUCACUGUCUUUGGGGCUGAGGAAUACUUCAACAUGAAACUUGAUGAUGAAAGUGCAGGAAACACAGAUGCUAAUGGAGGGAAGUAUCCGCAUGAGAAAAUAGAGAACGGGGAUGAACUUCACCUUUCGAGGCCAAAAAGCAGGUUAGGGACUUCAAGUGUCAAUUCUGAUCAAUCAAGCUGGAAUAGCCAAACUGCUUUAUUAACAAAUUCUCUGAGAACAUCAUCUCAUAGCAGGAAGAAGAGAGUGAAUGGAAGAUGGUUCUUUCCUGGGUUUGCCUGCAAUGGAUCUUGUUUCCAUGGGAAAUCUGUUUAUUUAGAUAAAAGUAUUCCUCAUGGUGAUCUUCAAGUUGCCGGAGACCCUAUCAUGCUAGAGGGAGCAAAACAGUCUCGAUCAAGGCUUCCAGUGAAAGAUGAGUUUCGCAGGCCAAGUUUAGAAAAGACGAGCACUGGCUCCAACGGAGAAGACUGUUUAGUAUUAUCAACUGUGAACUCUGCGGUGCAAAACCUGGUAGUUAAAGGACAGAAGCAGAAGAGCCUAGAAGAAGAUCCACGAAAAUCACUGGACGUGUUUGGCUCCCAUAUGGUAAAGAGGGAAGAUAUAGUAUCAAAUUUAGAAAGGAAGCUCUCUGUUCUAACUUGGGAUGCCAUUCCAUUUCCGAAGGCACGAAAUCUGCCUACAACUUCUGCGAGUAGUCAAGUGUAUGAAGAAGCAGAAAGUGAUGCAAGUUCAGACCUGUUCGAGAUAGAGAACAUAUCCUGCAGUACACAGCCACCGUUCAGGAAACAAACUUCUGAUGGCUUGUCCGGCUGCAUGACACCCCCAAGCCGGUAUGAGCCAAGCGAGACCAGCAUUGAGUGGAGUGUUGUCACAGCCAGUGCUGCUGAUUUCUCUGCUGUUUCAGAUUACCAUGAAAAGAAACCUGCAGAAAUUAGCAUAAAAUCUGCUGGUUUAACAUCAUCGCCAAGGACCCGUCGCCCAAAGAGCCUAUUGGGGUGCACGAAUGAAAAAGCAAUAGAAGUUGCUGAAUCUGCAUACAAAAGAAAUGAGAAGACUAAGCCUCACUUGCAUCACCAAACCUCCAUGCCAGUGACAAGGAAGUUACCUGCUGAUUCUAAGGUGAAAGAUUUUGCUUUCCCUUGAUUACCAAGAAUUAGUCCUCCAUGUACUUUUUACUGCGGUGUACAUGUGGUAGGGCAUGUGUAAGGGGAAGUGAUUCUGGGAAGAGAGACAUAGUUGAAAGUUUUCCGGGUGAAAUUUACAGCUAAUAUUAAUGUUCAUUAUCCUGAACAUGAGAUAAAAAAUUUAUCCCUAGUAGGUGAUUGUUAUGUUUCCAACUAAGAAGUACCAAUUUCUCUCUACAAAUGGAUCAAAGCUUUUUUUAUCAGCGUAUUACAUGUCUUUCAAAGGCAGAACAGCCCAGAAACUUGGAAAGUUUUUGGGUGGGGGAAGUGAAUUUCUCUUUCAGUACACAGUGAAACAAGAAAUUGUAACAUGUACACAGCAUCCACAACAAA